AUGCAAUGCGCAUCUGUCAUGGCUGCUCACUGAUGCCACUUAAACCACAUGGGUGGGAAUAAACGUCUUCUAUGUGAUUGAGACACAACGACUUGGAUCAUUAUUAAAGCGGUUACUCACUGGUUUAGAUCCGGGACUUUAGAUCACCCAAAGAGGCGUUCAAGUGAUGCCGCUGGACGUGGAGAUCCCCGUCCUCAGAGGCUUUUUAACACCAAGCGAAGCAGCGGGAUGGAAGCACAACAUCUCCGCUACUGCAGAAGCCGGCUCUCUGCUGGAGUCUCUGAUGGAGGGGGACUUUGAGGCGGUUCUGCUGAGCCACCAGGUGUUAGAUCUGCUCACUGGAGAUGGCAGCAGCAGCAACGAGGAUGAGGACAUCGAGGCCUACCUGGAGAGACGGGUCCUGUUGUACCUGACCUGUGGAGCCAACAACGACCAGACAAACAGGGAGCUGGUGGUGAUGGCCCUGGCUGUCUCCUGCCUCCACAUGUUUGCCCAGAGUAACUGGACUGGUCCUCCGGCCUCCAUCCAGAUCUCAGACCUGCUGCCUUCAGCCCUGCUCUCCCCUCAGACCCAGACCCUGGUUGAGGCCAUCCACACCAGCCUGCUCCUGGAUGGUGAGUCUGUUUACAGCCUGGUGGCCAACCCCUUCCUCCUCCUGCUGGCCAGGGUUAUUCUCACCAAGUGCUCCUCAAAGAUGGACAACCUCCAGCUGCUGCCCUGGUGGACUCUACAUUACAUCAACCUGCAUCAGCAAAUCCUGGAGGCCUGUUCUCCACAACUCCUUGAAUUGGCCAAAAGCAGCAUGGACAAAGUGCUCAAAUGCCAGUCUCUGUUGUCGGAGCAUAAAAACCUGGCAAUCCAGUUCCAUCUGGAGUGUGUCUACACCAAUCUGACUUACUAUGAGUACAAGCCGGCUAAGGAACACAUCAAGAAGGCCGAGGAGCUCUCAGGGCUGGAUAUAAACAUGACUGGUGCUCUUGGCAAACGGACCCAUUUCCAGCAGAAGUACUUAGCUCAGCUCAUCUUGGAGGUCAAGAGAAAGCAGGACCAACCCCACCAGACUGGGGAUGAGGCCAGUCCCACCCCCACCCCCACACCUCUGUCCAGGCUGCCCAAGGACUGCAGUCUGGGUGAUGACACCGUACUGGAUAAAAUCAAUUUAGCGGAGCCAGAUCAGUAUGAGCUUCCUGACCUCAAUGGCGAGGAGCAGGUUGUCAUCCUUGGCCUCUGCACUGACUUCCAGAAGAAUAACCCGGUGCAUAAACUGACUGCGGAGGAACUCCUUGCCUUCACAUCUUGCAUCCUGUCUCAACCUAAGUUCUGGGCUGUAGAAGUCUCGGCCCUCUGCCUCAGGACCAAACUAGAAAGAGGGAAGACCCGACGUGUGGAGAGAGCAAUGAUGCAAACCCAGGCGAUAGUUGACCACUUUGAAGACAAGAACUGUCCGGUGAUUGAGCGGCUCAAACUCUUCUACUGCUGCCAAGCCCCGACCAGAUGGGUCGUCCAGAAACAGCUUGCCUCCCUGCUGAUAGACCUCGGCUGCAUCAGUUCAGCUCUGCUCAUGUAUGAAAAGCUGGAGCUCUGGGAGGAUGUAGUUAUCUGCUAUGAGAGGCUGGGUCAACAUGGCAAGGCCGAGGAGAUUGUUCGCACGGAGCUGGAGAAGAAGGAGACGCCCAGUCUGUAUUGCCUCCUGGGAGACAUAUUGAGGGACCAUCAGUACUACGACCGGGCGUGGGAGCUGUCCAAGCGACGAAGUGCCAGAGCAAUGCGCUCCAAAGCCCUGCUGCACCUCCAGAACAAGGAGUUCAAGCAGUGUGUUGACUGCUUCGAGCAGUCGGUUAAAAUCAACGCCAUGCAGCUAGGAGUGUGGUUUUCUCUCGGUUGUGCAUACUUUGCCAUUGAGGGUUAUGAGGGAGCUGCCAGGGCUUUCCAGAGAUGUGUGCAACUAGAGCCGGAUAACGCAGAAGCAUGGAACAACCUCUCCACAGCCUACAUUCGCCUGAGAAAGAAAGAAAAAGCUUUUCGUACCCUGCAAGAAGCGCUGAAGUGUAACUACGAACACUGGCAGAUCUGGGAGAACUUCAUUACCGUGAGCAUUGACAUCGGGGACUUUGCCGAAACCAUCAAGUCCUACCACCGUCUGAUGGAGCUCAGGGAGAACUACAAGGACACUGAGAUCCUACAGAUCCUGGUGAGAGCCGUUGUUGGAAACAUGACGGGCAGUCAUGGCGUGGAGGCAGGGACCCUUCUACCUAAACUGAAGGACCUCCUGGGGCGCGUCACUUCCCGCCACAGCAGCGACUCUGAGGUGUGGCGGCAGUAUGCCCUGCUGUACGGUGACGGCCACAGCGCUGACCCUGAGGACAACGAGAAGGCACAACAGUUCCUGUCUAAGGCCCAUCGCUGUGAGGUUCAGAGAGGGGGCUGGGAGAAAGACCCUGCUCUCUUUAAGGAGGUGAUCCAACGAGCCGUCGAUAUGGGUGAAGUGACCAUCAGUUGCGGUAAGAAGAAGAGUAACUCCAAAGAAGCUGUGCAGAUGCUCUCCUCCAGCCGCCUCAGCCUCAGGAGUCUGGCCACCAAAGCUAAGCAAAUGCACACUGAUGUGGCCACGGGUCAGGUUCACGCUGAGCUGCAGGAUGGUGUUGCUGCUCUGGAACGAGUCAUCACAGAGCUGCAGGAGCUGAGCGGGAAGCUGCGUGACCAAUCACAGUGACCGACCUCCUGAGGAAGAUCACAAGCUGUGCCUCUGAAGGAAACUCAAAGAAGAGUCAGAGGCAGAAAAACAGAUUGUAUAGCUGCAGACUUUAGCCGUAUGCAUCGUUCAAAUCAAGCUUUACAUGUGAUCAUGGAGAGUAAUGGUAGCUCUGAUUGGAAAUGGAAGACUGGAGUAAAAGUUUUUAUAUGUCUAUAUCCUCACUGUAAUGCAAACAAUGACUGUAAAACAUCAAACAGUAAAAUAUUUUUCAUUUUCAA